CUGCAGCUGGUGUUGUCGAGCUGUCAAAGGGAAGCCUGACUAUCCAAGCACACAGUUAUUGUUGGAUUCAUUUUUUUUCAGGCUUUCCUUUGGCGUGAUGGAGCUAAUAUGGGGUGGGUUGCACACCCUGUGACAUGCGGACCGGAGCAAGAAUCUCACACCUUGCAUCUCCUCUCCAACAACACAGCCGACCGCCGUCAUGGCCAGUUAUCCACCCCCGUUUGAGGCCACAGUGGAAGUGAAGGAGGGCUUUCUUUGCCCACUGUGCCUAAAGGACCUUCAGUCAUUCUACCAACUCCAAGACCACUACGAAGAGGAGCACUCUGGGGAUGACCGCCACGUUAGGGGACAGCUCAAAAAUUUGGUUCAGAAGGCAAAGAAAGCCAAAGACAAGCUGUUGAAAAGGGAUGGAGAUGACAGACCGGAUACAGGCAGUUAUGAGUCCUUCUACUACGGUGGAGUGGACCCCUACAUGUGGGAGCCUCAGGAACUGGGAGCAACCAGGAGUCACCUCGACUUCUUUAAAAAACACCGAGCAGCCAGGAUAGAUCACUAUGUCAUUGAGGUCAACAAGCUCAUUAUCAGACUGGAAAAGUUGACAUCAUUUGACAGGACCAACUCAGAUGCCGCCAAAAUCAGAGCCAUUGAGAAGUCAGUGGUGUCGUGGGUCAAUGACUCGGAUGUCCCGUUCUGUCCCGACUGUGGAAACAAGUUUAACAUCCGAAACAGGCGCCACCACUGUCGUCUCUGUGGGUCCAUCAUGUGCAGGAAGUGCAUGGAAUUUGUCCCCUUACCUCUGGCUCGUACGUAUCCACAAAACCCUCGCAAACUAGGGAAAAUCAUUAGCUAUUCAGCUGAAGUUUUGCCAUGUGUUUGUCACUGCUGUGAAAUUUUUGCCUUUUGUCUGUUCACAGAAAAGCUCAUCAGCGUGACACGAGAGGCCCUGUGCGUACCUGGAAGCCCCGUUCAGUCCCAGUCUCCCCCAUCAGGAGGUGGCGGGAGUGGGAUGGGCUCCAGGAGAGGCAGCAUCAGCAGCCUGAGCAGCGUUACCUCCAUGUUGGAGGAAAAGGACGACGAGAAGAUUCGCUGCUGUCACCACUGCAUGGACACACUUCUGAAAAGACAGCAGAAGCUGGAAGAGAAGGACCACAUGCCUGAUAUAGUGAAACUUUACGAGAGGCUGAGGAUGUGCAUGGAGAAGGUGGAUGAAAGGGCUCCAGAAUACAUCAGAAUGGCUGAGUCUCUUAACGCCGGAGAAACCACAUACAAUCUUGACACUGCUGGUGGACUGAGACUGGAAGUACAGAAAUACUACGAACUUAUUGACGCCCUGAGCAAGAAGAUUUUAACACUAGGAGCAAAAGAUGAUCCAUCACCGCAUCCGAAGGCCCUCCAGCUACAGAGGAUGAUCCGCUACACAGCCACACUAUUUGUCCAGGAGAAGCUGUUAGGUCUCAUGUCUUUACCCACUAAGGAGAAAUAUGAAGAGCUGAAAGAAAAAAGGAAACAGGAACAAGAGAAGAGACUCCAACAAGAGAGACUGGUGGCCCAAGAGGCCCUGAAGAAGAGGCAGGAGUCUGAGAAAAACCGUCCACCUCCAAGCACUAACGGAGAGCUGUCGCAGGCCCCUAGAGCUCCACGCAUGACCAAAGCUGGUGGCUGGCUGCCUUCUGCAGACUCUGCCAAUGCACGCAGUGAGCUGGAGGACCCACUGCUGCAGCAGAUUGAGAACAUACAGUCAUUUCUUCGCCAAGCACGGGAGGCCCAGAGGACGGAUGAGGUAGCCAUGUUGGAAGAGAACCUGCGUCAGCUGCAGGAUGAAUAUGACCAGCAGCAGACCAGUCUGGCCAUCGUGCUUUCCCAGAAGCUCGCUGCGGAGGAGACCUUGCAGCAGGGGGAAAUCCAUCGUCUAGAAACCCGGGAAAGGGAGGAGAGGGAGCAUUGGGGCCCCGCUGUGGGGUCCACUCUGCCCUCCAUCUCCUGGGCGAGGUCUCUGGAUAUCAGUCCAGCAGGGGGCUACGAAGAAGAGGAAGACACUGAUGCAGAGGAGCUAACUCCUAAAGCUGAGAGGAGUCCAUCGUCUGUAAGAGCAUUCCCUGCUCUCACAAGCCAGGAGGAGUCACCUCCCAGGCUGAGGAGCUUAGGGGGGCAUGUAACCCCCCCUGGUGGUGAAGGACAGAAUAGCAGCUCCCUUAACCCUUUUGAUGAGGAGGACUCUACUCCCAUUGAGGAGGAUCCAUCCAACCCCUUCUUUGAGGACAUCAAGAAGGAACACAAAGAAGUAACCAACGGGAAGAAAGAAUACAACCCCUUCGAUGCAGAGGAAGAGGUUGGGGAGGACAAACCGGCUGAGGCCGCACCUGGCAACCCCUUUGAAGAGGAGGACAUCACUGACGCAGGUAACCCUUUCCUGGAGGCCUCUGGGAGUUCUCCAGGAGUCUCGACCAACCCCUUUGAGGGGGAAGAUGAUGACGAGAUUUUGCCCGAUGUGGACAUGAUAGAGGAGGAACUGCUGCUGCAGCAGAUUGACAACAUUAGGGCCUACAUUUUUGACGCCAAACUCAGCGGCCGUCUCGACGAGGUGGAGCUCCUGUCAGAGAACCUCAGAGAGUUACAGCACACCCUACAGGAGCAGAAGAAAAAGAAGCACUGACACCUCUCCCUCAACUCUCCCUCCUUGAUUACCUGCUACUUACCAAGUCCUGUAAGGUUAGCUCACUUUACAUGACUAAUGAGCCCAUUGAUUUUAGUUUGGGUGAGGUCUGCAGCACCACAGAAUGAUUAGGUUAAUCCCAAUAUUGAGUUCAGUAGUCUGGAGUGACACCCCUAAUUUCCAAACAUCUUUCUUAACCACUUAUCCUGUACAGGGUCACAAAGGGCUGGAGCCUCUCCCAGCACGCACAGUUUUUAAGCACUGCAAAAAAAAAAAAAAAUCAUCAGUGCAAACAUGAACAAUGGAAGACAGAAGGAUGCCACUUAAAAGAUUUUUUAAUGGGACAGUCAGAUGGUUGUUUGAAAUGAGUGUGGCUUUGGUCUUGUGGAAGUCAGGAUGUGUGAUUUGGCUCUCUGGCACAGAACAAAGUCAAAAUAUAAACAUGGCUAAGGUUGAACAAAUGUGAGCCAUGAAGCAGUUUAUGUACGUUUUAAAAUAUAUGGUUGAAUAAUAAUAAUGUUUCAAGGGCUUUUUUCCCACCAAAAUAAGUUAAAAAGAGUACUACACCAACUUACCAUAGCACUCCUAUAAGGCUGUUUUUUUUUUUUUUUUUUUAAUAAAGGAUAAAAAUCCUUGCAGCAGGACCAGAAAUACUGUAUAUUUUUAUUUCAUGCAUUCUUCUUCCUUUUCAAAGCAUGGUCAAAACCUGGCGCCUACAUCACCCACAAUGCAAUCUGAUGGCAGAGAUUUGGGUAUGUUAUGUUAGUAGCAGCCACUAGCCACAAGCGGGCUACAGGGGUCUGGUAAGCUCACUUCUUUGUUCUCCACACACACCCAGAAUAUUUUUCAUUUUUAAAAUUGUAGUCUCCAGCGCCUGUUGGUGCUGACUCAAGUGACAUCACAGGAGGAUGCUCCGGAGCCACAAAAGGCUUCAUGCAACAGUAUAGUACCAAGACCUGUAAACGUUGAUGUGUAAAAUUGGUGGAGUUCCUAUUUAAUUCCAUCGCUAUUAGAGGCAUCUUGUUGGACAACUUUGGUUUAUUUGUGGUAAACGAAAUUCUUGCUGCUCAUCACUGAACUGAAUUCCAAAGAACCAGACCAUGCAUUACUGUUCUAACUGGGCCAUUAACAACACUCAGACAAAAUAACCAUCUGAUAAUUUAAUGGCAAACAGCCUAGCGCUUGAAGGAAACUGAUCAUUAAAUUGUUAUAUAUUAAAACUCAAUCACAGGCUUAAAUUACUAAUUCAGUCACACGACUUGCACCAUUUGUAGUCGCGGUCUCUGACCACUUUGUGUCAUAGAUUUAUAAUGGAAAUGAAAGGCACAUUACACAGAACCAAGCUAUUCUUGUUGCAGACUAUGAUGACAUUAUCACAAGGAAACACUUUUAAUCUUUUACCGUGCUGUUAAUAACCACAAGUACAUCUGCAAUCAAAGCGUUUGCUCUGACAGCAGCUUAUUUCUGUUUCAGUGAAAGUUGCCUUUUUUGUACAACUGAAUUCAAAUGAACAUGUAAACCUGUCCCCCGUUAAGUGACAUUUUCUCUCUGUUUACAUGGUUUGGAUGCUCAAAUUAAUUCAGUUCACUAAUCAAUGUUUUGUGCAUCUUGUCUAUGUGAUGUUGGCCUUGGCAUGGUUGCAUCUUUUUUUUUUUUUUUAAAGCAUCUUAAAUGCCACAUUGAGCCAAGUGAACAAAAUGUUUUCCAUGUCAUAAUGUGUGACCCCCUAAAGGUUGGGAUCUUAUUUACAGUGGCACUACUGAUCCAACUGAGCACUUGGGUUGCAUGAUUCACGUGUCUGUGUUUCUUUGAAAUGCUGUUUGAUGCUGGUCUUUACGUCAAACUAGUGGCCAAGCUUGUCUUCUGGCUUUCGUGUUUUAUACAUUUGGACAUAUUGAUAAAAAACACGUUGCUACUGUUCCAUGCUGUCAGACAAGAUCUCUAUGUAAAGCAUGUUAUCUGUUCAGUUGUUUCAAGAAGUGCAUUCAUAGUCCAUCCACCCAGCACUCACCAGGAGCAUAGUAAACACUAUUUGCCAAGGAAUAUCGUAGGCAACUUUAAGUCAACAAAUAAGACACCAGAAUUUCAUUGAAAUCCCAGUAUGUACAGAGGUUAAUACAUAUAUGUAAACUCAGACUCAGUUCUUAAGUCAAAGCAACAUUUUAGACACAUUCUUUUGGCAUAUAAAUGAACACUACAUGAAUGCCAGCAAGUAUUAUCACUCAGUGCUGCUAAGUCCUUACAUUGAUUUGCUAUAGUGCUUUCCUAUCAGUCAGUCCUUAUUUCUCUUCAGACAAAAACAGUGUUGUGUGCAGCCUGUUGAUCUCACACUGCUUAUCUGUGACAUCCACAGAAGACUGUAAGCAAAACAUGUGGCAAUGUAAAUGUUUUGUGAUAGUGUGAAUAACUCGAGGAGCUUCUUUAAUGUGUGUUAGCAGUUGAUUUUAGCAACACUUUUGCAUUUAAAACAAUAAUUGCAAAAUUUAAACAUUUGACACACCGACAUCAAUUUGUUAACUUUAGAAAAUUCCAUCUCAGCACCAAUAAAAAAAAGUUGUCUCUGUAAAA